UUUCUCACUUGACUCUGGCUUCCGGACGCCGAAAAACAGCGCUGCCGCCGAAUUUAAAGAGACAGGCAAUAGUUAUUUUAAACACGAUAAACGGCAACCAUUGUCCCUCAGCUUUCUUCCUCUCCUCAAAUGCGUCUUGACUCCGCUCGUUCCAUUCGACGAUGUUUCGCCAAAGUCAGGUCGAGUAGCAGCCUGUCCGUCAUCUGCCUCCACUCGAUUGGAUUUUCCGUUUGUUAGCGCCGUGCCGAGCGAGACUGUCCGAGCCAGGCAAAGUAGGACUGCUUGGCUCGCUGGUGGCAGGCUGGCUCCCCGACCGAGGGGGCGCUUUGUCGGCUAGCCAACCCGCCGAAGCGACACUGAAGCUUCCCUCGCAAGUUGGGCUCCAGCAGCCUCCCCUCGCCGGGCUCAUGGCGAAGAUCCAGGCGCACAGCACGGCGAAACAAAUCAACCAAAUUCAAGACAAGCCUUUCGUUAUAACACAAAAGCAAGUGCAGCAGCAGCAACAACAGCAGCAGCAGCACUUCCAGAAGCUCAAGGUUGAAGAUGCCUUGUCAUACCUGGACCAGGUUAAAAUACGUUUUGCAAACGACCCUGGCAUAUACAACAAGUUUCUCGACAUCAUGAAAGAGUUCAAGUCACAGAGCAUUGACACUCCAGGAGUAAUAAACAGAGUGUCACAACUUUUCCAUGGACACCCCGACCUAGUAUUGGGCUUCAAUGCCUUUCUCCCACCGGGGUAUCGGAUAGAGGUCCCAAAAAAUGGAAUUGCCUUCCUUCAGUCACCUUUCUCCACACAGGUGUCGCCAGGCCAACAGGGGAAGAUUGUCACCGCCUCCACUAUGACGUCGACCUCCGGUGCCGCGUCCGCCACCACCUCUGAAGCCGGACCAGCUCACCCCGGUGACUCGAAGCCGUCCUCGGCAGAGUCCCUUUCCUCCUCGACUUCUUCAGCCGGGCCCGCGGAAAAUCCCAGCAGACUGUCGCUUCCGUUGGCAAGCAGAGAGAGUCAGAAUCAGGCCGCCACCUCGUCAGGGUCCCCGCCCGCCUCAGAGACCAGCCCAGUGGAGUUUGACAGUGCCAUCAGCUACGUAAACAAGAUAAAAAACCGCUUUUUGGACCACCCAGAGAUCUACAGAGCCUUCCUAGAGAUUCUUCACACGUAUCAGAAGGAGCAGCUGGAGGUAAAGGAAAGCCGGGGCAGUCGAGGUACCAGCGGGAUGACUGAAGACGAAGUCUUUUCCAAAGUUGCCAGUCUUUUUAAGGGACAAGAAGACCUCCUGGCUGAGUUUGGUCAAUUCUUGCCUGAUGCCAAGAGAUCGCUGUUCACCGGAAACUCGCUGACGGGAGCAAAAGAGCAGUUGAAAAGGCCAGAGGAUGACGACCUGUUAACCAAACAGAACAAAAAGAGGCCCAGACCCAUACUCCUGCCGCACAUGUCUCCGCUACUCAAGAAAAAAAUGAAGUAUUCCUGUACCAAAGACCAAUCCAUCGCUUCUGUUGGCAAACAUGGAGUCCUGCGAGAGUUCUCCUUUUUUGAUAAGGUUCGCCGCCUGUUUAAAAGCCAGGAAGUGUAUGAGAACUUCCUGCGCUGCAUUGCCUUGUUCAACCAGGAGGUGGUAUCGGGAGCUGAGCUACUCCAGCUCGUCACUCCUUUCCUGGGGAAGUUUCCUGAAGUGUACACACAGUUCAAAUCCUUUUUGGGAGACAAAGAGCUCUCUCAUGCCAUGUCGGGGCUGUCGGAUCGCUACAUGGAGGGAGGAGGAGGCAGGGAAGUAGAUUAUGCCUCUUGCAAACGCCUGGGCUCCAGCUACAGAGCGCUGCCCAAGACCUACCAGCAGCCUAAAUGCAGCGGGCGCACGGCCUUAUGCAAAGAGGUGUUAAAUGACACCUGGGUGUCAUUCCCCUCCUGGUCAGAGGACUCCACCUUCGUCAGCUCCAAAAAGACUCCUUAUGAGGAGCAGCUGCACCGUUGUGAGGAUGAAAGAUUUGAGUUGGAUGUUGUUCUGGAAACCAACCUGGCCACCAUCCGAGUGCUGGAGAGCGUACAGAAAAAGCUGUCGCGCCUCUCGCCCGAGGACCAGGAUCGCUUCCGGCUAGACGACUGCCUGGGCGGCACCUCCGAGGUCAUUCAGCGCCGCGCCGUGUAUCGAAUCUAUGGCGACAAGGCUCCCGAGAUCAUCGAGGGGCUGAAGAGGAGUCCGGCCACGGCAGUACCCGUGGUGCUCAAGAGGUUGAAAGCCAAGGAAGAGGAGUGGAGAGAGGCCCAGCAGGGUUUCAACAAGAUCUGGAGGGAGCAGUAUGAGAAGGCCUACCUCAAGUCCCUAGACCACCAAGGAGUCAACUUCAAACAAAAUGACAUGAAGGCUCUGCGCUCAAAGAGUCUCCUCAAUGAGAUAGAAAGUGUCUACGAUGAGCGACAGGAACAGAGCACAGAAGAGGGCGGCGUUGGCCAGCAGGCUCGCAAUGGCUCCGGCGCAGUAUCGGCCAGCGAGCCUCACAUGGUGUUUACGUAUGAGGACAAGCAAGUCCUGGAGGAUGCCGCCGCCCUCAUCAUCUACCACGUCAAACGCCAGCCCACCAUUCACAAAGACGACAAGGACCACAUCAAGCGCAUCAUCCAGCACUUUGUGCCCGACCUGUUCUUCUCGCGCCGCGGUGAGCUCAGCGACACGGAGGAUUGGACUGAUGAGGAGGCGGAGCCAGAGGAGGGAGGAGAACGAGGAGUGAGCGCAGCAGCAACAACGGCACCACCACCACCACCACCGACAACAACAACAGGAGUGAAUGCCAACACUUCUGAUGUAGCAGAAGCAACGGCAACGAAUAGUCCGUCUCAACCUCAACCAGCCCAAGGUCAGGGGCCGGCCCAGAGCCAGCAGCAACUAAACAAUGAAUCCAGAAGGAGGCGCUGCAGCCCACCCCAACCACCAGAGAGCGAGGCUUGCAGUACUCCUGGUAGCACCAGCCAAACGGUGACCACGACCACCACAUCUAUCCCCGGAGCCACGCCUAUGGAGACCAGUUCAGGCGCCCCUGCUGAGAAGGUGGACCUGCGUGACCCUGAAGCAGAGCACCAGAAGGAGCUGGACGACGUCUACAACCUGUUCUACGUCAACAACAACUGGUACUUCUUCCUGCGGCUGCACCAGACUCUGUGCUCGCGAUUGCUGCGAGUGUAUCGACAGGCCGAGCGGCAGCUGCUGGAGCACCGCGCCGAGCAGAGCAGGGAGCGGCUGCUCGUGGCCGAAGGCAGGCGGGAAAAGGCAUGCGACCUCGCCAUGGAGCUGCGCCUCAAACAGCCAAGUGAGGUGGAGUUAGAAGAGUACUAUCCAGCCUUCCUGGACAUGGUCCGCAGCCUGCUGGACGGCAACCUUGACUCGACUCAAUACGAGGACACACUGCGAGAGAUGUUCACCAUUCACGCUUACAUCGGCUUCACCAUCGACAAGGUCAUCCACAACAUCAUCCGGCAGCUCCAGCACCUGGUGAGCGACGAGGUGUGUCUGCAGGUGGUGGAGCUGUAUCUGGCCGAGAGGAAGAGGGGGGCUGCCGGGGGAAACCUCACUUCUCAGUGCGUGCGAGCCGCCUGGGAGACAAGCUACCAGUGGAAGGCUGAAAGAGCCAUGGCUGAGGAGAACUGUUUCAAGGUGAUGUUUAUUCAAAACAAAGGUCAAGUGACAAUGACUAUUGAGCUGCAGGACACUGAGGAGGCCCAGGCUGAUGACCCCUUGGACAUUCAGUGCUUGUCCAGCUACAUGGAGCAAUUUGUUGGAACUGAGUCUAGUCUGUGUUCACAAGCAGACGGCUACUUUUUUAAACCGGUCUUUCUUCCACGGAACCUUCGUCGUUUCCGGCGUUGGCAAGUGCGUCAGGUGGAGGCGAUGCGCUGCCGGCGAGAGUGGCACCGGCAACUGGGUGUGGAGAACGCCGGCAGCCUGGACUGUCGCUUCAAGCUUAACACUCACAAGAUGGUGUUUGUGAUGAACUCCGAGGACUACAUGUACCGCAGAGGAGCGCUGGUCAAGGCCAGGAAGUCUCAGCACCAAGUGGCGGCAAACCAGCACGAGCGCUUGGCCAAGUGGCACCGGGGCUGGCGGGCAGAGCACGUGACGCCCUCGGCCGAGCGCAGCGUGCACAAGUGGCUGAUGGGAGAGGACGAGGAGGACAUGAUCCCCUGCAAGACCACCUGCCUGUCCACGGAGCUCAAGGGCCAGGCAGUUAACAGAUACCGCGUUCAUUACAGCGGUAGCAAAGCCCCCGCCUCGCCUUAAGAGGACAUUCGCGCGCAUCUCCCCGCGCACACACAGCUGGUUACAUGCAUGGACAUCCCUACACUAAACAGUGCAGUACUUGUGUACCUUCACCUUUCAUGUUCACUCCCUCGUGCAGAGUGAACGUGUUGGAAGAGCAAGUCAUACACGAGUGUGGACUUAGGGGAGGCCACAACUGCCCCCCCAUACUCUUAAAAACCUUUUCACUCAGCAUCAGCAGUAUCAUCUGGCACUAAAAGUCAACAAGAUUUGACCACAUAAUGGAAAUAGUUUCAGAAAUGUGAAUGUCUGUUUUAUUUUCUUUCUUUCUUUCUUUUUUUAAAUGAAAGUCUUGUGUAGUUUUUAGCUUGUAAAGCCAAAUAGCCUUCUGCUUGUUGGUGGAUUUAAUGCGCGUGUCUACAAAGGAGAUCAUGGUAUAAACGCGUGUAUGUAUGUUUGUGUAACCUGUACUUCAUUCUGACAAGUAUGUGCAUAUGUAUUUUUUCUAUAUACACCAUUUGAAGAUCAUGUGGUUCUUUACAGUGUUUGCUGUUGGCCAACUCUUGAUGUUUGCAUCAAUUACUUUACCCCACAUUUUGUAUCGUAGCUAAACACAUUAUAAGAGGGCCACUAAACACAUUCUAAGCGGGCUAACAAAGAGUCCUACAAGUUGAUUGGUUUAAUACUGAAGAAAUUAUGUAUCAUAAUCUUGAUUUCACUGAAUGUUUUUUUUGUGGUCUGUUUUUUCCCCCCCCUUCCAUUUUUCAUUUUGCAUACUGACAUUGAAAAUAAAAGCAAAAAUAUCAGUGUUAAAAUAGAAUGUAUAACAUUUAUCCUGUAUCAGUUAUCAUAAAAUAAACAACCUAGUUGUUGUGACCUUCUUA